AUGCAUUCCACCCAGGAAGAUGCCACGUUCGACACUAAGCACGCCAAGCACCUGAUCAGUGAUAAUUCUGCAGAUGAUGCCGCGCGCAAAUCGCUGCCACAGGAACUGGUGUCUCCAGACUUCCAGGGCUCCACUAGAUGCCGCCUCCUCGAGCUACCACCCGAGCUUCGCAAUGCCAUCUAUGAGUAUACCCUAUCCCAGGGCACGGGUGGAGUAGUCAUCAAGCUCGGAGGUACGAAACCCGAGACACGCCAUCCGUUCGGAUUGACGGAGACCUGCAAGCAAAUCCACCAAGACUGCGGGGACAUGAUCUACCGUUUGAACACCUUCACGUUCCACACCAACAUAUGGGGCAACAAAACGGUACCCUCCAACAACUUUGAUUUCGUACUCGCGAAGCAAAUGGCGACCAACAAGCUUCAAUCCCUUAGGAUCCACCUUGGCGAUGACCCUCUCACCGAUGUUCCAGAGGACAUCCGGGAUUGCUGGCGUCCGGUCCAAUCGUCACUUCGGAAGCUACGCAAGAACGUGCCGGUGUUCGAGUUGGCUUUCAGCGUUUACGUCGGGCAGUCCGAGUGCGUAAUCCGAAUAGCGAAUGCGCCGAAUGCAGUGGAUGAGCUGCGCAAAUUCUGGACAUCUAUUCCGCGGUGCUACGUGGGCGAUGACCAUCGUCCUUCUUCUCGGAGUGGCACUUUCGACCACGUUCUUCGAAGCUUCUUUCCGUUCUGGGCCGGCAGGAUAAUGUGA